AUCUAUUACACAUACCACACAAAGGUCGACAACCAAAAAGAUAUAAAUCCAGUAGAGAGCCUUCAAAGAAAGUGCGACAAGGUAUAACAACUACUUUAAAUAACAAUCAAACUGAUAAAGAAAUGCAGUGUAAAGUUCAAGAUGUAACUGAAAAUUCAAAUAAUGAUCAAAUCAACAUGUUACAAGAUUCAGAAAAAAGAUAA